GACACUAACCAGUCCAUUUAUUCAUUACAUCUUUCAAUCUUGAGGCCAUCAACAGAAUGUCCAAGAAAGCUCCUGCUGCCGCUGCAUCCCUCUUGCGUCUGGUUGUCCCUGCAGGGAAGGCCACUCCAUCUCCUCCUAUUGGCCCUGCCCUCGGUCAGCGUGGUGUCAAGUCGAUGGAUUUCUGUAAACAGUUCAAUGACAGAACCAAGAACGUUGAACCUGGAACGCCUUUGCCUGUCAUUAUUACUGUUAAGGGUGACCGUACAUUCACAUUUGUCACAAAAUCACCACCGACUUCCUUUUUCCUUAAACGUGCCGCAGGGAUCGAGAAGGGCGCUACUAACAUUGGCAAGGAACACCCGUUUGUCGGCAAAGUCAACUUGAAGCAAGUUUACGAAAUUGCAAAGAUCAAGCAGGCAGACGAAGGCAUGGAACAUUUGUCACUUAAAGGCAUUUGUGCGGGAGUUGUUGGAAGUGCAAGAUCGAUGGGUAUUGAAGUCGUCGCAUAAUAUUCAGAGGAGAAAAUUGGGAAAUAUGUUUUCGAGCCAAAGAAGAGUAUUAGAUAUCCGAAUGACAUUUAUUUGUAAAAUAGACCUUUAAACAAGCAUGGCACAUGUGAAAUCCUUGAGUGUACAGUCCUCCCACGUUUUGUAAGGGCGUUUUUCUUUUUCUUUUUUUACUCUGCGACAUUAGGCUUGGUCAGCAAUUGCACCAGAUCGGAUAUUGAUAUUAAAUCACAUUUCGUGGCUUGUCG